AUGAUUCCUACACGAGCCCUGAGAUUACCCGCCUUCGAAACCGGCUAUGGCUCCGGCCGGACGCCCCUACGCGUGUACAAACCGCAGCCAACGUACGAAACUUAUGUUUCACCCUACGGACCAAAAACGAGACACAUCCCCAACUUCAUGGGCUUAACUCCCGGCAAAGCUCUACGACUGGGGUACAUUGCCUCAGGCUUCGGUGUCGCCGCGGGCGUCUUUGCAGUCUUCUUCUUUGGCGAAGUGCCCCGUGUCAGGGAAGACAUUCUAUCGAAAUUGCCCGUGAUUGGAAGCUAUUGGGUCAGAGAGGUGCCGCCGGAGGACAACCCGUUCUAA